AUGUAUGCAACACUUGCAAUUUGUGACAGAUUCAGUGUUGGCAGUAUAUGUGGAAUCCGAGAAAAGCUCAGUGGUGUUGACAAUACAGUUCCAGAGCAAGCACCAGCUCAACCAGAAAUCAAAUCCCCCAUCAUAGAAGAAAUUCGAAACAAGCAUAAUGGGGGACUAUUUAUUGGAGAAGUAUUAAAAUCAUUCAAAAAGCCCAUCGAUAUUAUAAAACAAUCUAUACAUUCAAGGAAAGGUAAGGAGAAGGAAAUAAUCCCAGAAUCUCCUGCAGAAUCAAGCAGUCGAGCACAAAGAAGAGAAGAGGCUAGAGCCCAAAAGAAGGCCGAGAAGAAAAAGCCUACAAAGGCUCCAGAAAAAGAAAUAAUAUUCAGAGAGAUAGAGUUAUCUGAGUGGUUGAAAAAAAGAAAAAUAAUCGCUCUACACAGAGUAAUAAUACCAGAAGAUAAUGAAGUAAAGCAUGAUGAAUUAUUUAUUGCUUCUAGAAAGUGUCAGAGAGAAAAUCAAGAAUGUUUUAAGAUUAGAGCAAUCAAAGAAAAAAGAAUUCAAUUUUCAAUCUUAUUACAAGCAACUACGGAGACAACUAGGAUUGAAAUGGGUGAAGAUGAUGUUACAUAUAUUAGAAAAGAAUCAGAAGACCACCCAUACAAAACUACAAUGGAUUACAUCUUGAAUGAAAGUGAUAUUAAUGAUAGAUUAUAUAUUGAUGUUCAAGUAGCUCAAUAUAAUAUUGUCAGAGGAGGAAACUAUAUAAAGACUCCUAAAAAGCUUGCUAAUACAAAGGGAACUAUAAAUCCAGAUAAUAGUAAAACAAAUGAUAAUGAAUGUCUCAAACACGCCAUAUCAGCUUUUAACGCACAUAGAAUUUCAGAAAAAAAAGUACUUAGAAAUCAUCAAAAGUAUUGCUAUGGUCAUACAGAUGCACCUCAAUUUACAGAGCUUCCAGAAAAAAGUAAGAAUGAUAAUGGAAAA